AGGAAUUUGAGAGUCAGAGUAUCUCUUGGAACAGACAGUAGAUGUUUAAGUGUCCUACCUGUUGUGUAAAUUAUCCAUUACAUCCUAUUUUACUUGUCCAGAGGGUUCGAAAAUAUUUUUAAAUCCAAGUUUCAUUUGAAAAGGUUUACGUUAGACGUUUCAAACCAUUAUGUUGAAUUUUUCAAAAUUUUUAAAUAAGGUGUGUUAAGAUGAAAUUUGUAUCAUCAAUUAAUUGAAAUAUUCUAAAAUAGUACAAUUUGUUGACCAGAAUAAAGAUUGGGACAUAUUAUUCAGUUACAACAAGAGUGGUAUUGAGCCUAUUAGAAUAUUUUUGGCCCUGCGGAAUUUUAAAAGUCAUUCUAAAUAUUUUUACAAAGGAAAAAUAUACCCCCAAAAAACGAAUUGUCAUUUAUGCAUAUCUGCAGUCUCGUUUUGAUUUUUCCGUGAAUGGGAGCAGGUCGUUUCAUCCCAAUACCGGUUCAUCUCGGGCUGUUUCAUCCCAAAUUUACACGUGUCCUUUCAUCCAACUUAUAUUGGGUCGCUUCAUCCACAAAUUUAAAAAACAUGAAUUUUUAAUAUUUUAUUUAUACAUUAAUACCAAUAACAAUAUGUCAAUGCAAUUUUAACAUGAUGAAUAGUGUCCAACUUCAUCCUUUAGCUUCCUUUAGCUUAUUUUCCGAAUAUUUUAUUUAUAGAAUAUGCCGAUGCAAUUUUAACAUGAAUAGUGUCCAACUUCUUCCUUUGCAUACGCUUUAGCUUAUUUUCCUAACCUACGCCAAUUCUCGACACUAAUUUCACUAAAAUUACAUCGCUUACAAUCGAGCAAUGCUCAUACGUAAAACAUUCAACUGUAAUGCACUGUAUAGUCAUUUUCAUGCAUCUUGGUUUCACUAUAACAGGAUUGCCCUGAUAGAACAGAUCAAAGAAUAAAAUUGCACAUAGCCACUAUUUCGACAUGUGUUAUCUUCAGAUGUUCAGAUUACAUGGCACCUCAUGAAGUGUCCACCUUACAACAGGUUCCAUUGAUUUACGAUUUAUUUUAUAAUUGAUCACAUAGUUUAGACCACAAUGUGUUACGAUUUGCAUUUUGGUAUUCUAAAUUGAUUCUUAUUCGGAAUUCUUACAUUUGGAGUUGUGUAGUUCCAUUUCAUGUAAUGAAUUUAAAUCAACGAUCAGUUUUAAGAUUAAUUAUGGUUUCGAAAUAAUAUCAAUCUAAAAGGGACUCUGCACAAUUUAGUUGAUUAUUGGGUGAUGUAUUUUGACGAGUGAUUAAGCUGUCAAUAUGUAAUUAUAAAAUACCAUUUUAUAAAGAAGUAAAAUGAUGUUAGACAUCAUAAACUAACAAACAAUACGAGUAUACUUUAUUACAAAAAUAUCGGUGAACUAAUCUAAAAUCAUAACGGCAAUUAACUAACAAUACAAAUAUACUUUACUACAAAAACAUCGGUGAACUGACCUAAAAUCUAAAAUCAUAAUGCCAAUUAAUAAACAAUACGAAUAUACAGCGGUGAACUAAUCUCGGUCGUGAUCGGUAAUCAAUAAAAAUCGACGAGUAUAACUUAUUUAUUCCAUACAUUAUUGUGUUUAUUUAACAAUAAGUAAGUGUUUAACAGUUUAUUAAAUGAUAAGUACAACUCAGUUAAUUGAUUGCUAUUAUAAUAACAAGGGGGAUGAAACAGCCCUGGAUGAAACAGCCCGAUAAAAAAAUAGGUUGGGAUGAAACAGCCCGGGGUGAAACGGUUGUGGGAUGAACUGACCAGCACCAAUAGACCACAGCCUUUGUGAAUUUCCCUAUAGAAGGCUAUUGCAACUGAGCACCGCAUGCCGUCAUUUUGACUAACUGGAAGCAUAAACAUGGUCAAUUAUGUUGCACCAACAAUAAAUCAGAAAGCAUGUGUCAUUUUCUUUAAAUUCCAAGCAAGAUAACACGCUGAAAGGUCUGGACACAGCGAUGUCAACGAGGCGAUGUCAAAACGCACUCAUCUCUUUCUUGUGUUUGGAGAAUUCCGAGUUAUCUGCUUGCGCAUGCUCUCCACUCUCCAGAUAAGAAUAUGGUGUCACCAUUUGACAUGACUUGUGGAAUAUGUCUAGCCUCAUUCAUCGAGUCCCUUGUUACAAAUGGCGCUGAAACACAUUAUGGAAACCAGUUGAAUCUACUCACAGGAACAACAUACAGCUUUAUCAGACACGCUACCGCUACCAUAGCAACUUUGGUAAGAUACUGUCAGUCGGAGCAAACUGAAUCCAGAACCAGGAACAAUAUACAGCUGAAUCAGACAAGCUACCAAAUCAACUUUGGUAAUAACAUAAUGGAAACUAAUGAUGUUAUCACAUUCCAUCAGUGUGUUGUAUGUGAUGAGAUUUUUCAACAAAUUGAUGAUUUAGAACAACACAAUAAAAUACAUGUUAAAGAAGAGACAACUGAUGAUGUAGAUGAAUAUUGUCAUGUUCGUGUUAAAGAUGAGAAAAGUGAUGAUAUAGAUGAAUAUUGUCAUGUUAAAGAAGAGAAAACUGAAGAUAUUGAAACAGUUCAUCAGUGUAAUUUAUGUGAUGAAGAAUUUAAAUCGGAUACUGAUUUAGAGAAACAUUGUGAAAUACAUGUGGAAGAAGAGUUGAAAGCUGAUAAUGAUAGUGAUGUAGACCUACAAUCAGCUGACUGUCAGGGUAUUGAUGUAGGCCUACAAUCAGCUGACAGUCAUGGUAUUGAUGUAGGCCUACAAUCAGCUGACAGUCAUGGUAUUGAUGUAGGCCUACAAUCAGCUGACAGUCAUGGUAUUGAUGUAGGCCUACAAUCAGCUGACAAUCAUGCUGUCGGAAAACGUUAUAAAUGUGAUGUUUGUAGUCGUUCAUUCACCCAGAAUUGUAAUCUACGGACACACAUGAAAAUACAUACUGGCGAAAAGCCUUAUAUAUGUGAUGUUUGUAGUAAAUCAUUUACACAGAAUGUUGAUCUACAAAGACAUAGGAGAAUUCAUACUGGUGAGAAACCAUAUAUAUGUGAUGUUUGUGGUAAAUCAUUUUCUAGAAGUCACUAUCUAAAGCAACAUAUGAUCAUUCAUAAUGCAGUAAAACCUUAUAAAUGUUAUGUUUGUAGUAAAUCAUUUUUAAGAAGUUGCAAUUUAAAGGAACACAUGAUAAUUCAUGCUGUAGAGAAACCUUAUAAAUGUGAUGUUUGUAGUAAAUCAUUUACUAGAACUGGUCUUCACGAACACAAGAGAAUUCAUAAAUGUGAGAAACCAUAUAUAUGUGAUGUUUGUGGUAAAUCAUUUUCAAGAAGUAACUAUCUAAAGCAACAUACGAUAAUUCAUACUGCAGAAAAGCCUUAUAUAUGUGAUGUUUGUGGUAAAUCAUUUUCAAGAAGUUGCAAUCUAAAGGAACACAUGAUAAUUCAUGCUGUAGAGAAACCUUUUAAAUGUGAUGUUUGUAGUAAAUCAUUUACUAGAACUGGUCUUCAUGCACACAAAAAGAGAAUUCAUACAAGUAAGAAACCUUAUAAAUGUGAUGUUUGUGGUAAAUCGUUUGCUGAACGUGGUUUUCUACAGAGCCAUGUUAGAAUUCACACUGAAGACAGAACAUAUAAAUGUGAUGUUUGUAGUAAAUCAUUUAUUACAAAACAUCAUCUGCAAAGCCACAUGACAAUUCAUACAGGAGUCAAACGUUAUAAAUGUGAUGUUUGUAGUAAAUCAUUUACUCACAGCAAUGCUGUAAAGCUUCACCUGAGAACACAUUCUGGGAAAAAAUCUUAUAAAUGUGAUGUUUGUAGUAAAUCAUUCACACAGUUUGGAAACUUACAAACACAUAAAAUGAGACAUCAUAAUGGUGAAAAACCUUUUAAGUGUGAUGUUUGUGAUAAAUCUUUUACUUCCUCAUCUGAACUUGUAAAACACAGAAGAAAACACACAGGAGAGAGGCCAUUUAAAUGUCAUAUUUGUAGUAAAUCAUUUUCCAUGAGUUAUAAUCAACAGCGCCACAUGAGAACACAUAAUCGACCUUUAUAAAUGUAACAUAUUAUGUAACAUAAAUAAACAUAAUGUAUACUA